UUGCGUCGAAAGAAGCUAACUGUUGAGCACCAGACCGCCUGGGCCGGCUGGAGAUGGGGGCUCCGGAGCCCUCAGAGUUUUGGGUCCCUGGAGGAAGAGCUGCAGUACUGGAAGGAGCAGGCUGCCAGGCACCAACAGAGUGCGGAGGAGUCCCAGGAGGAACUGCAGGAGUUUCAGCAGAUGAGUCGGGACUAUGAGGUGGAGCUGGAGACGGAGCUGAAACAGUGCGAGGCACGAAACCGUGAGCUUCUUUCUGCCAACAACCGCCUCUGUAUGGAGCUGGAAAACUACAAGGAGAAGUACGAGACGCAGCACUCGGAGGCGUACCGGCAGAUCUCCAGCCUGGAGGGAGACCUGGCUGAGACCACCGCCGUCAGAGACCAGCUUCACAAAUACAUCCGAGAGCUGGAGCAGGCCAACGACGACCUGGAGAGGACCAAGAGGGCGACCAUCAUGUCGCUGGAGGACUUUGAGCAGAGGAUGAACCACGCUAUCGAGAGGAACGCCAUCCUGGAGAGCGAGCUGGACGAGAAGGAGGACCUGUUGGAGUCCGUCCAGAGGCUGAAGGACGAGGCCAGAGGUGUGUGUGUGUGUGUCAGUCAGGGUCAGAGUCAGGGUCAGGGGCUUGCGGUACAGCAGAAACAGGAAAGGAAGCUGUCCCUCAGCAGUGCAAUCAAAGACCCUUCUUCUUCCUCCUCCUCUUCUCCAGCCUCGCCGGGACUGCCCACCCCGCCCCUCACCCCCCCGGACAAACGAACUGAGGACAAAACCACGUCUUCGUCCUCCAACCAGCCCGUCCCCUCUGCCACCUCACCGUCCAGACCUCCAGCCUCAGCAGAGACCUUCAGCACCCCCCCGCCCUCCGUCAGCAGAGGUGAGAGCGUCUCGGGGACUCCUCUCACCGGGUCCGCCAGGAUCUCUGCACUGAACAUCGUCGGAGAGCUUCUGAGAAAAGUCGGGAACCUGGAGUCCAAGCUGGCAUCUUGUUGGGAAUACGUCCAGGAGCAGAAGGCGAGCCGCAGGGGCCACGCUGCUGGAUCGGGGGCCACGCCGGGCCGGAACAUCUCCUCAGAGAGCCAUCAACCCACCAACGGCCUCUACAGCAAGGGGCUGGUGACGAGGUUGGACUUCGGAGCAGGACCCAAGCUGCUGCUGUGAACGUGAAGACGUCCGUCCAGCCUGGAUUCAUCUUUGUGUUGCACGUCGUACGGACUUCUCUCUGAGAAAAUGGAUGUUUGCUUCGGAUACUUUUUGGAUGUCUGUCACCAGCUCGAGUCUGCAGUCGGAGAUGUUUAUUCAACUAACCUACUGGACUUAAGCUGCCGGUCACGUCACCUUUCUGCAACUCUUUUGGUGUUAUAAGUGUCGGCGUCAGUGGAGAGACGCUAACGGAUGAUGCUUCACGUUGGGACGAAGACGCAUCCACUCAAGGUGAAAAUGUUUGAAGUUACAGGGGAAAAUCCUUUAUCUUAAAGUGUAUUACUCCCAUGCAUGACGGGGUUUCCUCCCAUCGGUCUGGAGGGCAAUGAGAAAGAAUAACUCCGGGUGUCUGAGCUGUAGCGUGCACAUACAGGAAGUUGUUGCAGGAACAGCUUCAGGGGUCAAACCGAUCUUUAAAUACUUUAUAUUGUCACAAGUGUCGGUCUGAAGUGAAGGCUAAUUAUAGUCAAACACACCUUGUAGUCCUGAUAUCUUUAGAUUAUUACAGAUUACAGAAAAACAUGGACUUCAUCCGUCGUCACACAAUUAUCUGAAUUAGAAUUUAGAUUUUCUCACUUAAGGUUUCAAUGAACUGGGUUUAUUUAUCACUGACAGUCUUUAGAAGAAGUCAGAUAACUUAUUAAAAGCAUAAAGUUUAGCAGGGAAAAGAGUUUUGAUUGCAGAGUUUGUCGACAUCUAGUGGCCAUCGGUGGUUCUGCAUCUUAAAGCGUAAUUAAAACAUUGAAGUUUAAAUAAUAAUGAAGUCGUAUUUUCGUCGCUUCAUGUAACUCCGAGUGCUUCUGGUUUACGGCUCAUUAAACCUCAAGUGUUUUCUCAAGAUGAUCAGCAAAGCUUCUCUGAUGCAAACACAAUGAACUGAUCCGAGUCCUUUGGUAUUUGCUGAUACAGAUACUUAUAUUCACCUAAAUGACACCUCUGCCCCCUCGCUCCCAACUCUACAACCUGAAAAUACGAUGACAUAGAAUGUAAGUCAAAUACUUUUAUACAUAGACAUGCGUAGGAUUGAUUAAAGGAGUAUUCCACCCACAAACGGACCCUCUGUACGUCAGGUACUUCUGGUGUUUCUGGGGCUUCUUGAAGUCCUGAUGAAGUGAUGUAAAUGAACAGAACACCAUCUGUUUGCAAACACAACUCGUGCAGAACAAUAAAGUCUCAUUGAUCCAGCUCAUGUCACUACUUCACACACACACACUUUAAAUAAAGCUGCACUAUUUAAAAGGUGUUAGUGAAAAGUAUACAGCAAGGAGCGUUUUUAACAUGAAGCGUUGCCGUAUGUUGUUUGUUGUGUCCAAUACUUUGAUAUUAUGCGUUAAAAUGAAGACGAGCUGAGUCGUCUGCAGAACUACUUCUGUCUCGGGAGUGAAAUAGGAAACGUCUUCUGUUCGCAGGAGAUAUGAAUCCUUCAGUGAAGGCUACUUGUGUUUUAUGUUAAAAAGAAGAAGUAAUGUUUGACUUGUUAAAUACUGUAGACGGUCAGUCAGUCCUGCCUUCAGACCUACAAUCAGCUGCUCAGGGCAGACUGCACCGUAACACUUUAAUAACCAUCGUUAAUCCACGGGGGGGAACUGGUGGUGAAUCCAACGUUAACUUAUUUUACCAGUGACAAAGUAAUGUUUACAAAUCAUCAUAAUAAUAAUAAUAAUAAUAAUAAUAAACUAUUUAUAGAGCAUUUUUAAUACAAGAGACGCUCAAAGUGCUUUACAAACUAAUUAAAAUGCAACGCGUACACAAAAAAAGGGUAAAAAUAAUAACAAUAUUAAAAAUAAUAAUUAGAGAUUUUGUUAACAUAAAAAUAAUGACUUUAUUUAUAAACCAAAUUAUUUAAUUGUGCUUAAAAAAAGAUCUGAGAGCUCGUGAAGGUUUAUUGUUGCAGACGUAACUUUUAAUAUUUUAUAAAGUAUUAUUAAUUAAAGUUUGUAAACAUUAUUUUGAUGCAUAUUAUAAAAUUGCAACAGAUGAUUCUAAUAAAUUAAAUAAAAAAUAAUCUAUAAACAUUUCGAGCGAUAGUUAUAAUUAGUUUCUGGGCUAUUAUAGUUUACUGUAAUUAUCCUCUAAGAACCUUUAAUACAUGCAUAUAUCAUUUAGAAGCAAUUUUAUAUAACAAACUAAUAAUAUAACAAAUCAUAGCAAAGAAAACAGUAAACUUGUUUGUUAAUGAACGAUCAGACCUUUAAUUAAUGAUGGUUAUUAUGAAGUGUUUCCAUCGUUUGUGUGUUCUCACCUGCUCUUCGUCCUUCAGUGCUGCUUAUGUUUCUGAAAUCAAUAAACUUGAAAUGUAAAAUCUAAAUGUUGAUUUUGUUUC